UGUGGUGCUUACUGCUUAAAUUAAAAAAAAAAGGUUUUCUAUUUACAAACAAAAAUCUGUAAAACUACUUUAGUGUUCCACGAAAAUCGAAAUCACUACCAAGAUUUCUUAUGUCUUAUAUAUGUCUUAAUAAUGGAAAAUGUGUUACUUCCUCACCAUGAGCAACAACCUUUAUGUACAACACGCCUCCCGUACAGACAAGGGAGAAAACUCACCGCUGUAAAGGCUUACUCCAUUACAAAGGAAUCAAAUCACCUGCUUAUAUUUGGAGUCCCGUCUCUCAACCUUCGCCAAGAAACCAAAUCAUUGUUCCUUAAAUUUGGACGCCUUCUACAAUUCACAAUAUCAUUAGAUCAUCCUGCUGAAUCAUUUACUGAGACUUAUCAUGCACAGUAUGACAAAGUGCAAUCUGCAAGAGUAGCUAAGAAAAUGUUAGAUACCAAGAAUUUCUAUGGUGGGUGUUUACAUGUCUGCUAUGCUCCAGAACUUGAAAAUAUCUCUGAGACAAAAGAAAAAUUACUACAACGUCAAAGAGAUGUUUUGUACCGUUUAAAAAAUCUAGACAAAGAAGUUGUUAAGAAGAAUAUUAGAGAAGAUGUAACUGUUGUUAAGGAGACUACAGUUAAAGUUAAUAUGGCUGAAGAAAAUAUUAUUUAUUAUGGAAACAAAAAAAGAAGAAAGGUGGGAAGUAAAAAGAGUGAUACCUCUUAUAGCAUCUCUAUGAAUUAUGAUAUCCCAAAUAACAAAACCAAGAUUAUUAGUAGUCACAGCCAACCUCCUGUGAAUUUUAUUGGACCAUUAAAUAAAGGAAGAUUAAAUGAGGUGGCUCUUAAUUCUAACAACAGCAAAAACAUUGGCAAUAAUUUAAAUAAAAUAGAAAAUAAAAAUGAAGAAAAUAUAGAAAUUGUAGAUUGUACAUCGGUUCAUAAUGAAACAAUUACAAAUAUCAACGAACAUUUAAAUUAUAAAAAAUUUGGAACUGAGAUUGUUAAAAAAAUACCCGUUAAACCUGUGAAUAAGAUAAAAUUUAAUAUUAAUAUUUAACAUAGAUUUGUAUUAACAAAUGUAAUUUGUUUAACCUUGGGCCUUAAACACAUGCUUGGAAAUAUAUUAAAGUGAAACUUUGAUUACAUCGUCUCAAACUGUUUGGUCUGUGUGGCACAUGUCGCGUGACGGUCGGCGGCGGAGUAGGGAUAAAGUGAAAGGCGCUCGUCAUAGUAGCCAAGUCUACUUUUAUAUGAUAUGUGUAUAAUCUAAAUAAUUGUUAAGUAUUAUGUAAGUUGUACUCAAGAUACAGAGUUAAAUUAAAAAUAUUAGUUAGA